UUUCUUUCUCAUAACGCAAUCAACGUGAUUCGGUCUUUUUCCGCUUUGAACUUUGAAGAUGGCGGUCGGUAAAAAUAAGGGUCUUUCUAAAGGAGGCAAAAAAGGUGGCAAAAAGAAGGUCGUCGAUCCUUUUUCACGCAAAGAUUGGUACGAUGUCAAAGCUCCUAACAUGUUUGUUGUUCGCCAAAUUGGCAAAACCUUGGUCAAUCGUACACAAGGCCAAAGAAUCGCUUCUGACUACUUGAAGGGCCGUGUCUUUGAAGUCGCUUUGGGCGAUCUGCAAAAGGACAACGAUUCGGAACGUUCUUUCCGCAAAUUCCGUCUCAUCGCUGAAGAUGUUCAAGAUCGUAACAUUUUAUGCAACUUCCACGGUAUGGAUUUGACCACCGAUAAAUAUAGAUCCAUGGUCAAGAAAUGGCAAACCCUCAUCGAAGGCAUUGUUGAGGCUAAAACCACCGAUGGUUACUUGCUCCGCGUCUUCUGCAUUGGUUUCACAGCCAAGGAUCAACAAUCACAACGCAAGACCUGCUAUGCCCAACACUCGCAGGUUCGCAAGAUUCGCGUUAAAAUGCACGAAAUCAUCACCGAUGAAGUCACCAAGUCUGACUUGAAGCAAUUGGUUGGCAAAUUAGCUUUGGACUCCAUUGCCAAGGAUAUUGAGAAGAAGUGCCAACGCAUCUAUCCUUUGCAUGAUGUGUACAUCCGCAAAGUAAAGGUAUUGAAGAAGCCCCGUUUCGAUUUGUCCAAAUUGUUGGAAUUGCACGGUGAUGGUGGCAGCAAGAGUACCGAAGCCGUUGUCUCUGCUGAAGGUGCUGUUAUUGACAGACCCGAGGGUUAUGAACCCCCUGUACAAGAGUCUGUUUAAGCAUUUUUAAUCUAUAUAUAUGAAAAAUACCUGGAA